UAGACGUUUGUUGUAAUUGUGAACACAGUUCGAUUCAUUUUCUAUCGGAGUUCUGAACUUAAAGAUUGAUACUUUGCAUGAAACAAACAUUCAUGAUAGAGACGAUAUAAUAUAAAGUUACUUCAAUUUAUUACUAAAAACUGUACUGAAAUAUCAAUCAAAUCAAGAAACUGAUAAAUGUGCUUCUGGUCUUUGAAAAUCAUGGCUCAUGGAUUAUGCACAAGAGGGCUUUUACUUUUCCUUAUUUAUAUAGACUUAUUUGAUUAUUUAACAUCGUCCGAUGUGAUUGACGCAAAUGAAAUGUACGCCAUGUUAUCUAAUGACUCAAUAUACAAUAAACUUGUUCCACCAGCAAACACAGUAAAAGUAUAUGCAGGAUACAACUUGCAGAACGUUAAUUCGUUUGAUGCAAAGUUAAAGAUAUUUUCGACAACAGGCUUUUUCACCUUGAAAUGGCAAGACGACCGGUUGAAAUGGAACUCAAAUAAUGGAGACAUUCAGCAUAUAUUUGUACCAGAGGAAAAAGUGUGGCAUCCCGACUUGGUUGUCCUUAAUUUGAUUCAGGAAUUAGAUAAUAAACUUGGGGCUGAAAGACCAAUACGAAUAUUUGAGGACGGUACAUUGGUUUGGAAACAAAUUGCAAUCUUGUCCACGUUUUGUUACACUUAUGUCUUCUUCUUCCCAUUUGACCGUCAAACAUGCAGUUUACAAUUAACUAGCCUUGAUUUCCCGAUGAACGCAGUCGAUCUGGAAUAUUUAGAAACUACAGCAGAUCUGAAAGAAUACAGUUUACAUGCGGAGUGGCAGGUUGUAAAAACCUCAUAUAUUCCCUAUUAUCUGUUUACAGAUAAUUAUCAAGAGUUGAAUGAAAUUAUCCAGUUCAGCAUGGAGUUAAAAAGGAAUCCUGUGCAUUACAUAAUGAUAAUUAUAAUUCCGACAAUUAUUACUGCAGUAUUAACAUUUGUUACAUUUUUUCUACCGCUUAAAUCCGGAAUCAGGAUUGGAUAUAUUCUUACAGUGGUACUUGCUUUGGUGGUUAUAUUGACAUUAUUUGUAGACUCAAUGCCUACAUCCACAACAUUUCCUUCGAUUCUAGUGAUAUCAAUUACGGUGGCAUUAAUAAUGGCCUUUCUUUUGAUAAUCAUAACGAUAUUUGUCAUGAGACUUUAUGAUAAACCGAAAACCAGUAAGGCUCCGAACUGGAUGCAUUCCUUCGUCAGGAAAUCCAGGAAUUUAAAGUUAAAGUGCACAGCUAGAAAGAGAAAUCGUGUUGAACAACAUCAGGAUAUAGAACAUGUAGAAGAUGGCUCACCGAAAGAAGAAAUAGACCACGUUGACAAAAAAUCGCCAACCAAACUAUACAGAAACAAAGAGCUAGCCGAGUUCUUUGAUUAUUUUCUUUUUGUUGUUUAUUCAGUGUUUUAUGUUUUGGUUAUUUUAGCUAUACUAAUACUAGCAGGAGUAGUGUAUUAUUACCAAAACAAAUUAAGAAAUGAGUAGUGACCAUUCCUGAUUUCCCCGUUUACUUUCAAUGUAGUGAAAUUGUUUUCGGACAACAACUUUUCACUUAAUACAUUCAAUUUAACUUGCUAACCUAUUUUUAGUGCAUUACCGAAAUAUAUGUCUUAUGUUACUAAUACGUACAUUUUAAAUUGUAUCAUUUACGUUAAACAAAAAUGCUACACACAUAUCAUGUAAAUUUCCUUUUUUAGCUCACAUGGCCAAAAAGGCCAUGUGAGCUUUUCUCAUCACUUGGCGUCCGUCGUCGUCAUCGUCGUCUGUCGUCGUUAACAAUUUUUCAAACAUCUUCUCCUGUGAAACUACUGAAUGGAUUUGAAUGAAACUCAGCAUGAUUGUUUCUUAGAUUAUCCUGCACAAAGUGUGUGCUUAGAUUUUUGAUUCAUCAAAAAACAUGGCUGCCGUUACUUAAAAUAGAACAUAGGGGUCAAUUGCAGUUUUCGGCUUAUAUCUCAAAAACGAAAGCAUUUAGAGCAAAUCUGACAUGGAUUAUAAAUGUUUAUUGGGUCAAUAUCUAGCAGCCCUGAAAUUUUCAGAUCAAUCAAACAACCCAUUGUUGGGUUGUUGCCACUUAAUUGGUAAUUUAAGGAAAUUUUGCAGUAUUGGUCAUUAUCUUGAAUAUUAUUAUAGAUAAAGAUAAACUGUAAACAGCAAAAAUGAUAAUCAAAGUAAGAUCUACAAAUAAAUUAACAUGACCAAAAUUGUCAAUUGACCCCUUAAGGGGUUAUUGUCCUUUAAUGACAAUUUUUCACAAUUAGUCCAUCAUUUUUGCUAACUUUAAAAAAUCUUCUCCUCUGAAACUAUUAAAUGGAUUUGGAUGAAACGUAGCAUGAUUGUUACUUAGAUUAUCCUGCACAAAAUAUGUGCUCCAAUUUUUGAUCCGUCAAAAACAUGGCCGCCGUUACUUAAAAUAGAACAAAGGGGUCAAAUGCAGUUUUUGGUUUAUAUCUCAAAAACGAAAGCAUUUAGAGCAAAUCUGACAUGGUGUAAAAAUGUUCAUUAGGGUGAUAUCUAUCAGCCCUGAAAUUUGCAGAUGAAUCAAACAACCCAUUGUUGGGUUGCUUCCACUUAAUUGGUAAUUUUAAGGAAAUUUUGCAGUUUUUGGUCAGUAUCUUGAAUAUUAUUUUAGAUCAAAAUUGUCAAUUGAACCCUUAAGGGGUUAUUGUCCUUUAAUGACAAUUUUUCACAAUAUGUUCAUCAUAUUUGCUAACUUUAAAAAAUCUUCGCCUCUAAAACUACUAAACCAAAUUCAACCAAACUUCAACUCAAUGAUCAGUAGGGUGUAUAAAAUAAAGUUUGUGCUUUAUUUUUUAUUUCGUAAAAAAACAUGGCCGUCAUGUCUAAAAAUAGAACACAGGGUAAAAUGUAUUUUUGGCCUAUAUCUCAAAAACUCCAGCAUUUAGAGCAAAUAAGACAGAAGUAAAGUAUUUAUUAGGUCAAUGUCUACCUGUCCUGAAAUUUUCAGCCGAAUUGGGUUACUGGUUUUUCAGGUAUAAUGCCCCUGAAUUGAUGAUUUUAAAGAAAUUUUGCAGUUUUUGGUUAUUAUCUUGAAUAUUAUUAUAGAUACAGAUAAACUGUUAAUAGAAACAAUGUUAAGCAAAGUAAGAUCUAAAAAUAAGGCAAAUUGACCAAAAUUGUCAAUUGACCCCUUAAGGAGUUAUUGCCCUUUAAAGACUUUUUUCAAAAUUUGUUCAUCAUGUUGACUUACUUAAAAAAAACUUCUCCUUUGAAACUGCUGUAUCAAUUUCAGCCAAACUUAGGCUAAAUGAGUUGCAAAGUAUCUAGUAUAAAUUUUAUAAUUCAUUUCCUUGUAUGUCAAGAAACAUAGCUCCUACGGCUAAAAUAGAACAUAGGAGAAAAUGUUUUUUUUUUUGCUUUUGAAGAAAGUAGGACGAUUCAAAGAACAUUUAAAUAAAUAGACCACUUUCGAGUUCAUCCGUCACCGGCAAAAACUCGUCAAUUAUACACGCCUUUAUGACGUCAUUUACCAGAUAGAGGGGCUCGCCUGUAUCCCUGCACUGUUUACGUUCAUCAAGCGUCUUAGUGAUCGUCUUUGUGCAGGAUCAACUAGAAAUAAUGGUUGCUCUGUAGGUACUUACUGACAUUUCCCUAAUGACAGCAGUGUUGAUUGUCAAUUUUGAGAAUUCAAUUUGCCGAAUAAUUCGUACAAUAUAGAAUUAUAGUUUUCCAACCACUCGCUCAACAUUGGAAGGAAGUGACGACGCCCCUAAACGCACAAAUGACGAUGAUAAAGGCGCGUAUAAUUGACGAGUUUUUUCCGGUGACGGAUGAACUCGAAAGUGGUCUAUUGAAAAGCCAAAGUAAUCAUUGAUGAGAGAUUUAAUCAAAAAAAUUAAGGUGAGCGAUUCAGGCUCUUGUGAGUCUUUUGUUUAUAUUAUAAAUGGUUAUCGCUUUACGAUGAAAAAAAAUAUAUUUCAACUUUCAAGAAUGUAUAUAUAUAUAUAUAUAUAAAUUGCCAUUGGAAUUAUA